UUGUAACCAUAAUGUGCUCGUGUGAGUAUUGCUCCUAAACGGUUAUAUAUCUAAAGUGUGCUAACUUUAAUAAUAUCGUACAUCUGUACAUAUAUACUAUAUACUAUCGUACGUGUGUACUAUUGUGCAUUCUAUGGUUCUCGGCUUAGGUUCUGCUAAGCGCCAAAUAGAACCUCGUGUCCGCAUCAAGGUCACGCUGAACAAUUACAACAACAACAACAAGUUAACUUACUUGUUGAUUACUGGUUAAUAUUUGCUUCCAAUCAGUAAGUGUGCGGGUUCGUCAACGUCGCGUCUGACAACAACCACCGUAAGAGCAGUUCAAUUUCGGAAAGCUCACUGUUGCUAUUGUGACUUUUCGACUUCGUCAAAUCCCUUGCUGUUCUCAAGUAUCUACAACUGUUUCAAUGGCAACGGCAGAGCCAACCACUACGGCAGAACUGUCAGAACUAAAACAACAGCGAGCCUCGACGAAAGCGAGUAUUUCAAGAAUCAAGGCGUUCGUCAAAGGAAAGAGUAAUUCGCUCUCACAACCAGAACUGAAAUGUCGACUAGGUAUUUUAGAAUCAUAUUUUAAACAAAUCUUAGCUUUUCAGACGUUGAUCGAGAAAUUAGAUGCAACUGACUCAGCUAGAGAUGAAUUAGAAGACCUAUACGUUUCCACCAAAGUAUUAAUCAUGUCUCAACUGCAGGAAGAGGCCCACAAUGCAUCAGUGCUAGACGUAACAGCAAUGAUGCCCACCUCAAGUAAAAAAAUUACCACUGUUAAAAUUACCUACAUUCAGUGGUAAGUACUCGGAUUAUAACAAUUUUAUUAAUUCGUUUCUCCAAAUCAUAGAUCGCGAAAUAUACCUCACAAAUAUUGAAAAAUUUAAUCACUUACUGAAUUGCCUUACUGGUCAAGCUCUAGAGACAGUACAGGCAUUUCCUAUUUCGAAUGAAAACUAUCCAAAGGCUCUGGAUAGGCUUAAAUCGCGCUAUGACAAUAAUAGCCUAAUCUUCGCCGAAAAUAUCGCGACACUAUUUGAUCUACCAGCAGUAUCGGGUCAGUCAAGCCAACAACUUCGUAGUCUGGUAAACAAUGCAUCCGCUUUGUAUGGUUCACUCUGUUCGCUAGGUACAGAGAAACAAAUAUGUGAGGCUCUACUUAUCUCGCUAAUCAUGCAAAAAACGGACGCAAUUACACGUAGGAAAUGGAAUGAAUCGCGUAACUUCGACACAUUACCCAGUUGGGAAGAUUGCUCAAAAUUAUUGGAUAGGCAUUGCCAGUUUCUCGAAUCACUCGACAGUGGAAACGGCAAUCAGUCAUCAUCACAACGUAAACCUAAUAAUCUUAACUCCAAGAGUAACAGACGCUCAAAACAAUACGCAUUUGUUGCAUCUACAUCCAGCAAUUCUUGCUCAUUUUGUUCUAGCAAUGAACACCUAAUACAGAAUUGUCAUCGUUUUAAGGCACUGGAGGUGGUUCAAAGGUUUGAAAAGGUGAAGAGCCUAAAACUCUGCAUAAACUGCUUAUCGCCACGCCAUCAUGUGGUUAAUUGCACAUCAACGUUUAAAUGUAAGGUUUGCGCAAAGCCACAUCACACUCUCUUGCAUCAUUCGCAAUUGCCAACGAAUAUUAAGAGCGCGGGAUCAUCACGACGCACAGAACACGCUGCUAUGCCCAACGACAACGUUGCCAGCCAUUCCCAUCUUAAUAUGUCAUCGGCCGAGCAAAUAAUUCUAGCUACUGCAUUGGUUUUAGUGAAGGAUUCAUCGGGAAGUUAUCAAGUGGGUAGAGCCUUGCUUGAUUCAUGCUCUCAGGUCAACUUCAUAACGGAGGAGUUUUCAAAGAAGCUUAGUUUAGCAAAACAUAAACAUCGGUUGCAUGUUUCCAGUAUUGGUAGUUCGUUGACCAACAUAAAGUAUCAGACGCUCACAUCAAUCAAAUCUCGUCAUUCAAAUCUUGAACUUGCUUUAAACUUUGGUAUUACGAAUCACAUCGCAUAUCAACCAAGUUCUGAAAUCGAUAUAUCGUCGUGGAAGGUUCCACCAAAUACACCUCUCGCCGAUGAGCAAUUCUUUAAAUCCAAGCGCGUUGAUCUCUUGCUUGGAGCUGAAAGUUUCUUUGAUAUUUUGUCUGUCGGUCAAAUCAAACUAGGUGAAAAUCUUCCAGUACUUCAAAAAACACUAUUAGGAUGGAUUGUAUCUGGCAAGUACAAGGGUCAGCCAUUUGCAUCACCAGCAGCAAAAUGCCUAUUAUCAGUUGAAGAUACAGUCUCCGAUCAAUUAGAAAUGAUGUGGAAGAUAGAGGAAGUGCAACCGGCUUCAAAGUCAUGGUCACCAGCACAUGUUGCGUGUGAGUCAUUAUAUCGUGAAACGGUCCACCAAAAUGCGAUGGGAAGAAUUGUCGUUCGGUUACCAUUCAAAGAUUCGCCAGAUUGUCUUGGUUUGACACACAAUAUCGCCUUACGCCGUUUUUGUUCUGUAGAACGGCGAUUGUCAUCUAAUCGUGCACUGAAGCAAGACUAUCAAGAAUUCAUGAAACAAUAUCGAGAGCUCGGACACAUGACGCGUGUUGAGACUCCGAAAACCAACGAACCUCAUUAUUAUAUCCCUCAUCAUUGUGUUUUAAAACCGUCGAGCACUUCGACCAAGCUGAGGGUGGUUUUUGAUGCGUCAUGUCCAACAACUUCGCAACGUUCAUUAAAUGAUAUUCUACUGGUCGGCCCGACAAUUCAGUCGGAGUUAUAUUUGUUGCUACUUCAAUUUCGUUUGCACCGAUAUGCCUUGACGGCUGACAUUGUUAAGAUGUACCGACAGAUACUGAUAGAUGAACCAGAUCGAAAAUUCCAAUAUAUUUUUUGGCGAGAUACGGAGUCCGAUCCUGUUAGUACUUACGAGUUGAAUACAGUCACUUAUGGUACUGCAUCAGCACCUUUCCUAGCAACCAGGAGUUUGCAGUAUUUGGCGGACAAAUUUGAAACACAAUACCCAAUAGGCGCUGCACUCAUUAAAUCAUCGUUCUUUGUCGACGACUUCUUAGGUGGAGCAGAUUCCAUUGAUCAACUCACCAAUAUCAGACAUCAGUUAACGGCCAUUCUACAGAAGGGUUGCUUCGAUCUUGACAAAUGGCAUUCAAACCAUCAUGACUUCAUCAGCGAUACUACAACAAAGAGUUUGAAUCUUGAUACAGAUACAGUCACCAGCGCUCUAGGCAUCAAGUGGCACCAAAUGCAAGAUGUUUUCCUAUUUUCGUUUAAUGCACAACCAGGUCAUAUUGUAACAAAACGCACCAUCUUAUCCCUUGCGUCUUCAUUAUUCGACCCGCUUGGAUUACUAGCACCGAUCAUACUCGUAGCCAAAAUUAUGAUGCAAGAAUUGUGGCUUUUGCGUGUGGACUGGGACGAGUCAGUCCCUCAAAAUCUUCACUCAGCUUGGAAAACAUUUAUUCAAGAUCUUACAACGCUUUCAUCGGUUAAGGUGCCGAGAUACUGCCUAUCCAUAAACUAUCAACAGGUUGAUGUACACGGUUUCUGUGACGCUUCAAUACGCGCAUAUGGUUGCUGUAUAUUUCUCCGAUCACAAAACACAUCAGGUAAGGUGACGGUCAGGCUAUUCGCUGCAAAAUCCCGUGUGGCACCUAUAAAGCGGAAGUCGUUACCUAAACUAGAACUCUGUGGUGCCUUACUUCUUGCCAAACUGUAUCAGAAGGUCCAACCAAUAUUUGCGCAAUUUAAGGGUGAAACGUUUUUUUGGACUGAUUCACAGAUUGUAUUACAUUGGUUGAAGCAGCACUCAUCAACCCUGUCUGCAUUCGUUGGCAAUCGAGUAGCGGAAAUUCAAGAUAUUACCGCAAAUGGGCAAUGGAGACACGUUCCUACCCAAUCCAACCCGGCAGAUGUUGUGUCGCGCGGCUGUAACAUCCGCCAAUUAUCAGAGUCUUGUUGGUUUACGGGGCCGGAAUUUUUGUUACUCGCUGAUAAAUACUGGCCGCAUUUGAAAUGUCACAACCUGGAUAUGGAAGAAGUCAAUAAAGAGACGCGAAAGGUUGUAUUCGUUAACACAAAUGAAGACAACUACGUAUUACAGGUAUUGUCAAGAUAUAGUUCAUACACUAAGAUGCUACGAGUAAUAGCGCAGGUACAGCGUUUUUAUCAUGUAACCAAGAAUAAAUUGAAGAACGGAGAAUGUACCCUCCAACCUAUUCAGCUACAAAAGGCAUUGCACUGUAUUAUUUGGGUCAUCCAACAGCAAUUCUUCGAAAUUGAUAUACAACGCCUACAACGAGGGAACCCAGCCGAAGGUACAUUAAAGCAUCUAAAUCCCUUCCUGGACAAUGUAUUCGGUUAUCAAUUACUAAAGGUGGGAGGUCGCCUCGAGCUGAGUGACAUCUCAGUAGGCCAACGUCACCCUAUUUUGUUGCCGAAGGGCUGUUAUUUUGUGGAACUUUAUGUUCGGCAUAUACACUUGUGCAACUAUCAUGCAGGCGCAAAAGCACUAAUUGCCCUUACUCGACUAAACUUCUGGAUAAUUAAUAUUCGAGAAAUUGCACGCCGAGUCGUGCACUCGUGUAUUCACUGCGUGCGUUAUAAACCCAAACUACUUAAUCAAAUGAUGGGUAAUCUCCCAAUCGAACGCCUCACUCCAAGCCGUCCAUUCGCGCGUACUGCGGUAAAUUUUUGCGGUCCGAUAUUAACGUAUCUCCGAAUUCGGGGACGGGUUCCAUAUAAGACCUAUAUAGCCGUGUUCGUUUGUUUGUCUACAAAGGCAGCUCAUCUAGAAGCCGUGUCAGACUUAUCUACGGAGGCAUUUAUUGCAGCACUGAAAAGGUUAAUCGGUAGACGAGGGUUACCAUCAGACAUCUAUUGCGAUAACGCCACAAACUUCGUUGGGGCUAACAACAAACUAGUAGAGUUAAAAAGGAUGUUUUUCGAGAAGUCUAAUCAAGUGAUGCUGCAGACCUUUUGCAGCAACCAAUUCAUAAAUUUCAAUUUUAUACCGCCCCGAGCACCUCACUUUGGAGGUCUAUGGGAAGCGGCUGUAAAAAGCGCGAAAGGCCAUCUGUAUCGAACACUAUCAAAUACUCGAUUCACCUUUGAGGAGCUUGGAACAGCACUGAUUGAAAUCGAAGCCAUCUUAAAUUCGCGACCAAUCACACCUCAUUCUUGUGACCCGAGCGACUACGAAGCGCUAACGCCGGCACAUUUUCUUAUCGGUGGGCCGCUCAAAACUUUAUCUGAACCAAGUCCUCAGUAUGAAGCUGCUUCAUUAAUUGAUAAAUGGUCUCGUAUAACCGCGGUCAAACAUCACUUCUGGCGCAGAUGGUCUAGAGACUAUCUGAAUGAGCUGCAGAUACGCACCAAAUGGACAGAAGAACAGUCUAACAUCACCGAGGGGGCUCUGGUUAUAAUCCAUGAAGACAAUAUGCCUCCACUACGCUGGUUGAUGGGCCGAAUCGUGCAUUGCAUCAGGGGUCCAGAUAAUUUGGUUCGUGUUGUUGAUGUGCAAACCCCAAAAGGAGUAAUACGCCGUCCAAUCCACAAACUCGCACUAUUACCAAUUGAAAAUCCUUUCAAGGGGGGCGGGAUGUUAGAGCGGUUAAAGUCAAAUUGUUAAUA